AUGUCGCCCCUCCCGUCCCCGCUUUCUCCCGCGGCAGCGGCCUGGGAGCGGCGCCGCCCCUCCCCUCCCUGGCUUCUUCCGCGGCGGCGGCCGGCAGCGACGCCGCCCCUCCCCUCUAGGCCUUCUUCCGCGGCAGCGGCCAAGCAGCGCCACUGCCCGUCGCCUCUUCAGCGGCAGCAACUGAGCAACGCCCGUUGCUGCCUCGACAUCAAACCAAUUCGAGCAAGGAGGACUGUGUGCAAGGUUCCUUUAUCCAUGACAGCUUCUUGGAUUAAGUCUGCAACGACCUUCAGAGAAAAUCCUCCAUCUCCGUUCACCUUGAGCAACGUCCAGACCGCUCAUGAACUUCUGAAGGGCAAGUGGACUGCACGGGCGAAUGCAAAAGUUGUGCAGACGGAUGAGAAGGGAACUUCCUCCUGCAAACGCAAGAAAUCACUGCAACACGAGGAAAUGACGUUCAGCAGAUACAAAAUGCCACGCAUAAUUGACAACACUGAGAACAACAACUUUCAGAAGAGUAAAGCUUCUUCUGAAAGAGAUCCUGGCUGGGUUACCCCUGAGGAUAAAAACAUGCCGCUGAACCUCAUACAUGCCGCUGGAAUGAAGUUCACCACGUACGACAAGGCAUGGGACUUUUACAACAAUUAUGCAAGAUGUACAGGGUUUGGCAUACGCAAGAGGGCAAAACAUAGGACAAAUGCCUACAUUGUCUGCUCAAGAGAAGGGACGCACAAGCAGACUAUGUCAGAUUAUCACCGGAAACGUCAGAAGACAUCAAAAAGGAUUGACUGCAAGGCAAAGAUUAGAGUCAAAAAGAGGAAGGAUGGCAAAUUUGUGAUAGAAAUGGUUGAACUCAACCACAAUCACAAGAUGCUGGAAAGCCCCGAGAUGCUUUUGCACAUGCGAUCGCACAAAAAAGACGAUCCUUUGAUAGACCAGUUAGUGAAAGACAUGCAACUGGACAACCACACACACACUCAGAUGAUGUCAACGCUGUCGCGUAUGUCCGGUGGUCUGCAGUACAUGGGACAUACUAGCCGCGACUGGGUAAACAAGAAACAAAAUUUUGCCAGAGAAGAGUCCCAAGACGACGUCAAGAAACUUCUGGAUUUCUUCGAGAAGAUGCAGAAGAUAAACCCAGAGUUCUUCUAUGAUUAUGACAUUGAUGCAGAUAACCGUGUAAGAAACGUCUUUUGGGCCAACGCAAGUUGCAAAGGAUCGUAUGAAGAUUUUGGAGACUGCGUUACAUUUGACAUGACGUAUAAAACUAAAAAAUUCCAAAUGCCGCUGGGAGUCUUCGUGCGAGUGAACCAUCAUCUACAGAGCACCAUAUUUGCUGUUGCCCUCGUGCGAGAUGAAACAAUACCAUCGUUCAAGUGGGUUUUCAAAACAUUUCUGAGGUGUAUGAACAACAAGCCUCCAAUCUGCAUGCUCACAGACCAGUGUUCUUCGAUGAAGGCAGCAUUAAAAACUAUCCUCCCACAUACACUGCAUAAGUUGUGUCGGUGGCAUAUCAUGAAGAAUUACAAAGACCACCUCGCCUUGCUGUAUAAGGCGCACGAGAAACUCAAGGAUGACCUCAAUGCAGUGCUGAACCACCCACUAAUGCCGUCAGAAUUUGAACGAGCAUGGAAGGACCUCAAUCAGAGAUACAACUUGCAAAACGACGAAGUGAUGAAUUCGCUGUGGGAUGACAGGAACGAGUGGAUCUCGGCUUACUACAAGGAAAUUUUCUGUGCUCGGAUGACUUCCACGUAG